AUGUCGUCGUCGGGCCAGCAGCACGAGAGCGGCGGCGGCGCGGGGCCACCACUGCCGACGGCGUUCAAGAGCCCGUCCACGGACGGCAAGAGCGGCAGCCGCCGGAGCACGCGGUUCAAGGACGAGGACGAGUACGUCGAGGUCACGCUCGACGUCCGGGACGACGGCGGCCGCGGCGACGUCGCCGUCCGGGCCAUCAAGGAAGUCGUCCUUGCCGACGCCGGCGGCGUCUUGGGCGACGCGCAGGACGCCGCGGCGCCCCUGGACCACCCACCCACCUCAUCGGUCUCGGGGGGCCUGUCGUCCAAGCUCAGGGCCGCACGGGCGCACCUCGGCCGCAUCGCGUCGGGGAAGCGCGCCGCGGUGCCGCUCUCGGCGCUGCUCCGCCGCGACCGCGACCGCCCCAGCAGGCUCGACAGGAGCGUCGUCACCGGCGCCGCCAGCGCGCUCAGGGGCCUCCAGUUCCUCAACCAGGCCGCCGUCACCGAGGGAUGGACCGAGGUGGAGAAGCGCUUCCACCGCCUCGCCGUCGACGGCUUCCUGCUCCGCUCACGCUUCGGCCAGUGCAUCGGGAUGGUUGGAUCCGAGGAGUUCGCUGCGCAGAUCUUCGACGCCCUUGCACGGCGAAGGGGCAUCACAGCCAUGGUGCUCACCAAGGAUCAGGUCCGCGAGUUCUGGGAGCAGCUUUCUGAUCCAGGAUUCGAUGCCAAGCUUCAGACCUUCUUUGACAUGGUUGACAAGAAUGCCGAUGGCCAGAUCACUGAAGAGGAGCUCAAAGAGGUCCUCACUCUGACCGCCUCUGCCAACAAGCUGUCCAAGAUCCUGGAGCGCGUCGACGAGUACACCGCACUGAUCAUGGAGGAGCUCGAUCCCGACAACCUCGGCUACAUCGAGAUCGCAAACCUGGAGUCGCUGCUGCUGCAGCCGGCGUCGCAGGCGCCGACGACGAGGCUGGUGACGCACAGCUCCAACAUCAGCCAGCUGAUCAGCCAGAGGCUGGCGCCGGCGCGCGACGACAGCGCGCUCCGGCGCGCCGCCAGGGGCGUCCUCUACUUCCUGGAGGACAACUGGAAGCGCGUGUGGGUGAUGACGCUGUGGCUGUCCAUCAACGCGGCGCUCUUCGCUGGAAGUUCGCCGCGUACCGUCGCCACCCGACGUUCCGCGUGA